UUGAGGCGAGCAGCGAAAGACAAGUGGAUAACAAGGAUAUCUUCAACGUAGGAAUACUCUGCACCUGUGACUGCUCUUUUAGGAGCAGGCGGAGCCAGUUCCACCCAAAUCCGAGAAACGAAAGGAACUCCAACAUGGUCUACGACAUGACCCACAUGGCGGCGGGUCCGCCGCAGAGUAUUUCGCUGAGUCGCUACUAUUUGCCCGACGAGGACGAGAUGGUGGGUCCUAACAAUCCCCACCUGGUCAACGAGGACUACGCGGCCAGUACGACCUUGGACAUCGAUAAGCGCUUCCAGGCGCGAAUGGCCUGUGAGACGGCCGCCCAGCCGGCCCCGCCCCCACCGCCCACGCCGGCACCGCGUCGCCGGACCACGCCCAUCGCCCACCUGGAUCCCUCGGAGCUGGUGGGCCUGUCCCGGGAGGAGAGGCGUCGCCGGAGGAGGGCCACGCUGAAGUACAGGACGGCCCACGCCACGAGGGAACGGAUCCGGGUGGAGGCCUUCAAUGUCUCCUUCGCCGAGCUGCGCAAGCUGCUGCCCACUCUGCCGCCGGACAAGAAGCUCUCCAAGAUCGAGAUCCUCAAGCUGGCCAUCUGCUACAUUGCCUACCUGAACCACGUGCUGGAGACCCCCUGAGACAGCGCCGGCGCCUCCAGCUUCGCCACCAGUUGCCUCUUCAACGAGGCCAAUUUCUUCGCUCCCCCGUAGGAGGUGGGGGGGCGGCGCAGUCCAGGCUCAGGUCCAGGGGGCGUGGCCGGAAAGGCGUACGGUUAUCCUGUAUCAGAUAAAUGGAUAACUUGGCCUUUCCUUGGCCCACUGAGCGUGGUGUCCCAACCUGUCAUUAUAGUACUGGGACACCAGUCUCCCUGGCUUGCUAACCUUCGGUUAUACCACUUAACCAAGAGUUACUGGACAAGACAACAGGGAAAGAGUUCAAGCCUUUCCCAGAUAAAGAGUCUACGAGAUUCCUACAUAAGAUAUGUAAUUAUUUUCACCAAUUCGGAUUCUGAAACCUACAAAGAUUCAAGUGGCUUGUUAACCUAUGGUUAUAACAUAUAACCAAAUGGUUUAUAACCAGAAUCCACAAAUAAACUAAAGUUUUCUUAUAACAGAUAAAAGAAUAACAAGUAAUAUCUGUACUUAAAAACUAUUUAAACGGAACUUUAAUUGACAUUGACCAGACUAUGUUUAUAUUACUUAACCACAGGAUGGUAAACUGAACUUUAACUUUAACGCCUGCUAUUCUCUAGUCACUGUUGAAAAACAAACUGCACACCUUAAAAUAUAGUUUUUUUUUUUUUUUUUUAAUAGAUUAAGACUUUUGACCAAAGGUUAAAAUGCUUAUUGCAAUAAAAGAUAAAUAAACCUCUAGAAAAUUAAAGAACGUUUUCGCAGAAGGUGGUAAAUUGGUCAUAGAUUUUAAAUGUACUCUUGAUAAUUUCAUUUCAUUUGUUUUUUUACCCUAUUUAUAUUCGAUUAAAUAAGAUUUAUGUGUAAAACUUCCAAAUGCUUACGGCGCCUUAAACUAUAAUACAAAAUGCAAUAUCUUAUAACUCUAGAGAUUUCGUGUAUUAUAUAAAUAUAUAGCAUACAAAAGAACACUUUAAGCCAUAGGUUAUGUCUAAAUAAUCUUUAACCAUAGGUAUACAAACACUACUUAGUACUAAUCACCUUUUUUUGCCUAGAGUUUAAGUCGUGAUAUUUGUUUAUAAUCUAACUAAACUGUGUGUGGGUAUGUAUG